GCAUAAAAGCUGUCGGCUCGGUUGCAGCACACACACACCCACACACACACACACACACACACACACACAUUACACCUGGCUAGCAGAGAGCAUGGACGCCGCUUAUAAGAGAAUCAAUGGAAACCACACUCAGGAUGCGGAUGCAGAGGGCACUGGGAGGAGGAGGCGGGGCUCCAUGUACUUGGAGGAGGAGACCAGCAAGAAGUCGGAAGUGAUCUCCUGCAUCUUCUCCCUGAAGGAGGAGGUGGGAGCGUUGGCCAGGGCGCUGCGCCUCUUUGAGGAGAAGGGCAUCAACCUGAUGCACAUCGAGUCGCGCCCGUCGCGCGUCAGCAAGGAGCAGUACGAGUUCUUCAUCAGCGUGGACUCCACCUGCGCCCAGGCCUUGGAUGAGGUCAUCGAAGGCCUGCGCACGCAGAUCAGCGGCCACGUGCACGAGCUGUCGCGCAACAAGCAGAAAGACACGGUGCCGUGGUUCCCAAAUGACAUCCAGGACUUGGACCGCUUCGCCAACCAGAUCCUCAGUUACGGCUCGGAGCUGGAUGCAGACCACCCCGGCUUCACAGACCCCUUGUACCGGGCCCGCAGGAAGGAGUUUGCGGACAUCGCCUACAACUACAGACACGGCCAGCCCAUCCCACGGGUGGAGUACACGGAGGAUGAGAGGGCCACCUGGGGCACCGUGUUCAAGGAGCUGAAGACUCUGUACCCGACUCAUGCGUGCCGCGAGCACAACCGAGUCUUCCCCCUGCUUGAGAAGUACUGCGGCUACAGGCAGGACAACAUCCCACAGCUGGAGGAUGUGUCCCGCUUCUUGCAGUCCUGUACCGGUUUCCGACUUCGCCCGGUGGCCGGCCUGCUCUCCUCCCGGGAUUUCCUCGCCGGCCUCGCUUUCCGGGUCUUCCAUUCCACGCAGUACAUCCGCCACGGCUCCAAGCCUACUUACACACCUGAGCCGGAUAUUUGCCAUGAGCUCCUGGGGCAUGUCCCCUUGUUUGCCGAUCCAGGUUUUGCCCAGUUCUCACAGGAGAUUGGUCUGGCUUCCCUUGGUGCCCCCGAUGAGUACAUUGAGAAACUUGCAACGGUCUACUGGUUCACCGUGGAGUUUGGUCUGUGCAAGCAAGGUUCUGAGAUCAGAGCUUUUGGAGCAGGCUUGUUGUCCUCGUUUGGAGAGUUGCAGUACUGCCUGACCGACAAGCCCAGUCUACUGCCGUUUGACCCGGAGAAGACCAGCCUCCAAAAGUACCCGAUCACGGAAUACCAGCCGGUCUACUUUGUAGCUGAGAGCUUCGACGAUGCCAAAGAAAAAGUCAGGAAGUUUGCCGGCACCAUUCCCCGGCCGUUCUCGGUGCGCUACAACCCGUACACUCAGAGCGUGGAGGUUCUGGACAACACCCAGCAGCUGAGCAACCUGGCUGACAGCAUCAACAGUGAAAUGGGGAAAUUGUGCGAAGCCCUGCGGAAACUGGAGUGACUUUGCGACGGCGGCCUGAGGCUUCGUAUUCUUGCUUGCAUACCUGCUUUUUGUAUAACACAUGAUACCAGGAUAAAAUAAAGAACAUUAUCUUUUUUUUUUUAAUUUAGGCAAUCAUUCAUAGUCUUUACGAUGUCCAGAGCCAAACAUGUUAUUUUAUAGCAUAUUAAAGGACGAUUUUACAGAAUAGUCAUAGUAGUUAUAGGACUUCAUUUUAAAUCUAAGCCACUUUGGACCAUGUAUAUUAUAUUAAUCCUUGGCAUUAUUUUGUGCAUGAAAUAUUUUAAUGACACAAAUAAAGAAAAUAAUGCAG